UUCGAGGCCACGGUCACAACUACAAUCGUAUUUGAUUACGCACACACUAGCGCCGCAGUUGUCAACCGGGCUAAACGUGUGUUUGUGGUUCGUGUAAAUAAUGCGAUAAUUAUCGUGUAUUAGAGUGUUUUACGCGGAUUGUGCCAAAUAUAAGAUAGAAAAAUGAAUAUCAAAGCGGCGCUGGGUAUUACGAUGGUCUUCGUUGGAUGUUGUUCCAACGUAGUGUUUUUAGAAUUAGUAGUGAAGGAAGACCCGGGCGCGGGAAAUUUGGCGACGUUCCUGCAAUUCUUAUUCAUAGCAACGAUUGGCUUCUGUACGGUCGGUAAAUUCGGUACCGCCAAGCGAAACAUACCUUUCAAACAAUAUCUUCUACUAGUCGGGUUUUUCUGGACAAGCAGCGUGGCCAACAAUUAUGCCUUCGACUUCAAUAUCUCCAUGCCUUUACACAUGAUCUUCAGAGCCGGUUCAUUGAUGGCGAACAUGGCUAUGGGUGUCUGGAUCCUUAAGAAAUCCUACCCACCCUUGAAAUACUUGGCUGUGUUCAUGAUAUCAGCCGGCAUUGCUAUUUGCACUAUUCAAUCGAGCGGUGACGUCAAGGCUCCGAGAGAGACUCACGAAGAUGCUGCAGAGGAAGAAAGGCUUAAGUUCAUCGAUUGGCUGUGGUGGUGUCUUGGCAUUGCUAUCCUCACCUUCGCCCUCUUCGUGUCGGCCAGGAUGGGGAUAUUCCAAGAGUCAUUGUAUUCGAAGCAUGGGAAGCAUCCUUGGGAAGCUCUGUACUACACCCACUUAAUGCCUUUGAUAUUUUGGCUGCCGACGACUACAAACUUGGUUGGCCAUGUAAAGUUGGCAACGGAGACGCCAUUGGUGGAGUUUUUGGGCUUUGCUAUCCCAAAACAAGUCCUAUUUCUGACUCUCUAUGUCCUAACCCAGGGUCUGUGCAUCAGCGCUGUUUACGUCUUGACUACGGAAUGCGCCUCCCUCACAGUUACUCUUACUGUUACUCUGAGGAAGUUCGUCUCCUUACUAUUCUCGAUUAUGUAUUUUAGGAAUCCGUUUACCCUCGGCCAUUGGAUCGGGACCCUGCUGGUCUUUGUAGGGACCCUGAUAUUCACAGAGCUACUGCAGAAGUCUGUAGCAUUGUUCAUUCCCAAGAAGGAUAAGAAAAAGGUGCAAUAAUAGGAUUGUUAGGGUUUUACAGUGCAAAUGGAUUGUAUAGUGCUGAUGUAUUUCAAGUUUCUGUGACGACUUUCCUAGUGCUUGAAUCAGAUAUUAAGUCAUAUUUCAUGAGAAUAAUAUGAAAUCCGUUAAGAAAAUAAAACUGUUACCACGGCAAAUGUGUAACGUAUGCAUAUAAUUGGUCAAGUUGAUGACCUGAGGUUUGAAGUCCAGAACCAGGUCGUGACUGCAAGAAAUUUAGUAAUAUGCUAUGUUAUAUAACUUAACAUGUCAAUAAACUUUAUAGAAUAUACGUAAACACAAGAUGAAUAAUUUAACAAUUUAAAAAUACUAAUAGAAACUGCUUCGAACACUAUGAAGGUCAUAUUGGGAGGAAAGUGCGAUGUGAACGUCAAUAUAGAAAUUGUAUUCCUAAAAGCUCAACCUUAUUUAUUACCUUUUAUUGGAAUAUUUUAGACAUAUCUUCACAUAAAAAACUCAAUAUUAUUUACCUUAUCAAUUGUGUUUCAAAAACUACUACAAGACUACCAUACAACUAUAUUUAGAAAACAAUUAAAAAUGUCCAAAUAUACUAGCAUAAUAGUUGCCAUAAGUUGGUACGUAAAAAUGUAAACCAUGGAAGAAUUUUUUUAUAUGUUUAGCGAAUAAGAGUAUAAACAAUUUAGGAAAAAAAUGUACGAGGCCAUCUUGAUUGAAGGUUGAAAGGUUUUUUACUGGUAGAGGAAGACUUAAGCCCAUGCCAUUUGUAAAGGCAGGCAAAGUCUUUUAUAGUGAAUUCAGAAUUGGAAUGCAGACUUUUUUUAAUUUACACCUUUACUUGCAUCCAAUACAAUUUAAUGUAAAUCAAUUUUUUUUAUUCCUCGACAUGUCGACCUGAUUCUGCGAAGAGGUUAUAAAAUGUCGUUAAUGACAAGUGUGCAAGUAUACCCAUAUAUUUAUAAUGGUCUUAGUAAUAUUGUAUUUUGUGAUAUAAAUUGUUUUGCGUGCUAAUUUUGCCUAUUCAUGAUGAUGAAGUGUUUAGUUAUCUAACUGAUAUUGCCAAUUGCUCGCGUGAACGACGUAUCUCCAUUCAAAGUAAUACAUGAUUGUCUUGUUAUAAUUUGCUAGAUUUAGCUCGUAAGUAUCUCAAUGAUAUGAUUCCUCAUGAAAUUUUGAUAGGUUCGGCAAAGAUUAUAUUAUCGAUUCUAGAUUGUAUAACAUUACAAAUUAUUUACAAUUAAUGACUAAGAGUGUGCUAUUGGUUUAUGGUACUAUUUUUUAUUUAUGUUUGUGUUAUAUUUAUACUUAUAUUACCUAGUAGGAUAAUAAUAAAUUAAAAUGAUUUAAAUAUUGUAAUUAAUUUUAUUGUUGUAGCUGAUGUUAUUAGCUAUUUAUAAUUGAAGACCUUUUUAAUAUGUUUAUAGCGAAAUCUUUCGCUAGCAUGAGAUUAGCUAAUUUAUUAAUAUUUAUGAUACGUGUGCUUGUCCUAAUUUUGAGUACAAAUUCAAUUUGAGUCUCUAUCGGUCAUGUCAGGAAACUGGGUGAUUUCCAUCAAGAUUCAGCUGUUUUCUUUAUAACUUUCGAGUUAUGAAGGAUGUUGCUGUUUUAAUAUUUAUGCUCUUUCCCAGUAUCUGAUGUAGAGUGUUGCCAAAACGCUAGUUGGCGGUGUGUGGCAUAUAACUUGUGCUAACGUCGUGUACCGACGUCAGGUCGACGUGGAGCGGCGUUUUUGACGUGCGUGAUAGUGAUUUGUUCUUCUUUAUUAUUUAUUUUAGAAACCAAUAUCUUCAUGUAGAAGAACAGUAACUGUGACAGCUCUUAUGGCUUUUGUUUUUUCCUUCUUCAGCGUUUAUAAGACUUCUGAUAUGGCUAACUUUUGUACUUUAGCUGUUUUUUUAGGUUUCUUGAAUAAACUGUCGGUCAGUGGUUGAUUUGGAUUUUCUUAAAUAAAUUCUAUGGAUUGUUUUUUUCAAUUCACGGUCUUGUUACGCGAUAAAUUUUAUCAAAUAUGUUAAGAGCGCGCAGAAAAGUUAAUGCCAAACCAUUGCUGAUUAACUCGUUAACGUCAGUAAGGAUCAUUCACUAAAAUCAUUAUCACUAUUCGUCGCUUAUCUUUUGCCUAUCAUCCUUCCGUAAUGUUCGUUUAGUUGAAGUUUUUUGUGAUGUUCAUUGCAUAGACGAUUGAGUACAUGUAACAAUGUAAUCUUAUGUCUAGUACACACAAGUAUGCAAAUCAACUGCUUGUGUGUGUGAAGUCAAUGAUGUCAAUUUACAGUUAUUUUUCAUACAUCUAACGGUCUUUAAUGUGAAUUGUUUUAUGACUAAUAGUAAUGCUUUCAUCGAUAUAUAUGUAUUACUUACUAGAUUUGGCGUUCCGAACAUUCACUGUUUUUAACUGAAUUGAACUGCAAUCCAUUCAAACUGACUUUAGUAUGAUCAAUAUUGACAGCUUGUGGUUGUGUACGGUGUGGCGCUCAUGAUAUAAAAACUCGAGUUUAAGUGUAAACCUGGAUUUGAAAAAAAAUAUAAGUCAAAAAAGGGAAAUUAUUUGUUGUUCAAGUCAAUAAAUAGGUUAUAACAGUGACGUUUUGGUUGCCAUUUUAGUUCAGAUUUUGAACAAAUAGUUUAUAUGGACAUACGUGUUAUAGAAUAUACGUAAAUGAAUGCUUCGAUUUCUUUCAAAUUAUAAUGCAAAUUUUGAUAAAUCUGUAACAUAUUUAAAAUAAUGUGAUAUCUUAUUUGCUAGAUACUUUGAUAAUCAGUUUUAAUUUUGCAUUGUAAGCUGUACUAAUGGACCGACAUUAGGUUUAAUAUCCAUAUUAAUGGUUGAUUAGUCUGAAUUAAUUUAUAUAUGUGCUAUGUCAUAAUCUGGCGCAUUAGUAUGAUCAUAUUAUGGUAUUAAUUUCGUUCUAUUUGAAUACCGUUUGUUAAUUAUCUGAUUUGGGUUUUAAAAUAUAAUUUAUACUAAAAUCAAUGGUGUAUUAAAUUGACUCGUUGGAUUCCAUUCUUCGACCAAGGAAUUAUACUAUUUGUUUCUCGGAUAUAAAGGCUUGGUAAAUUUGACUUGCUGUUCAUAUUAUUGUAGUUUCUUAGGUUUUUCUUAUUCAUCACGAAGUUUUCCUUCACCUUCAAUGCAAAUGAUAUUAAUAUAAUAAACUUACUAUGAAAAACCACACAUUUCCUGUAUCGAACAUUGAUAUUUUGGUAUCGGCAAGUCUGUUUAAUUAUUGCUAGUGGGUCAUAAAUUUCCUCUGGUUUUCUUUGAAUGCAAUUUAAUCAUUCUGUUGCUUUGAAGUACAUAUGGAUAAAUUUAAGAAUAGGUAACAAUAAUAUUAUCACUAAUUAUUGUCAUAUACGAAACAUUAUCAAAUGAUAUCAAUGUACGGAAGUUAUAAAACAUCGAGAUCAUUUGUAUGUAACAAAGAUUUUAUGUAAAUGAUCAGCUGUUAUAAAUUAUUGUUGUCAAGCAGUAAUAUGCAAUUGGCCUUUUCGAAACAUAGAAUCUUUAGUUUGCAUUAAGAACGCAUGACAAUGCUAUAAAGAUAUUUGUAAUUUAAACUUCUGAAUAUUAUUGUGUAUGGGAAGUCCUUGGAGGUUAUAUUUGCAUAAGCACCUAAUUUUUGAUAAACUUUAAAUAAUAUUUAACAAAUAACUAAUAGAAGUCGUUAGCCGCUAAUAUGUAUGUGCUAUUAAUAAGAACAUGUCGCUUUCGGCCUCAGCUGUUUUUGUGCGUUAGCCAAUAAGAAUUGUCAAAGUGACAUUUGGUAUUCCGAAUUUGAAUGUCUUAAAAUAUGAUUGACAGUUUUUUUUUAAUUCUCGAAUUAUCGAGUUAAUGGAAGUAAGCACAUAGGUUUUACACAUGUGAUUGUUUUAAUUUUCAAUUAAUAAAUAAUGUGAUAGAGUUGUGUAUUAUGUCAGAAACGCCGUGUCAUAUUUUGUCGUAUAUUUUGUUGCGGUGGCUUGUUCAAUGCAUUUUUACUUUAUAUAGUUUUAAGUACAAAAUGAUUGUUGUGGAAUAAAAUAACGUCCUUUUCCUUA